UGAAGACGAAUCUUUUAACUUCAAACAUCAAAGUGUGAAUAUUCCUAAAUUAAGGAGGUUAUGUUGAUGCUACAUCGUGUUAGUAAACUAAUAACGUAGAGGUAAACAAUAAAUUAAGACUAAAAAGCUUUUCAAAGUUUUUAAUUAAAUCAUACAAAUAUGCCCACUUGGAAUCAAAUUCAAGCUCAACUUCGAAAUCCAAAUAACCCGGUGGUAUUUUUUGAUGUAUCUGUGGGUACUACAGAGAUCGGACGAAUGAUUUUCGAACUCUUUGAAGACGUUUGUCCAAAAACGUCGGAGAAUUUUCGACAAUUCUGCACUGGAGAGUACAGAAAGGAUGGUGUACCUUUGGGUUUCAAAGGUGCCAUAUUUCAUAGAGUCAUUAAGGACUUCAUGAUCCAGGGUGGUGAUUUUGUAAAUGGUGAUGGUACUGGAGUCAUAAGCAUUUAUGGUGGUGGAACCUUUCCUGAUGAAAAUUUUACAUUAAAACACGACUCACCUGGAUUGUUAUCCAUGGCUAACAGUGGUAAAGACACUAAUGGUUGCCAAUUUUUUAUCACAUGUGCAAAGUGUAAUUUCUUGGAUGGUAAACAUGUUGUCUUUGGAAGAGUUAUUGAUGGACUUCUAGUUAUGAGGAAAGUGGAAAAUGUUCCUACAGGACCAAAUAAUAAACCAAAAAUUCCAGUGACAAUAUCUCAAUGCGGACAAAUGUAG